AUGAAUCAUCAUCCUCAUCUAACAAAAGCAAGUCCAACGACGACAACAACAACAACAAACACAGCAGGAUCAUCUGAUGAACAUACAUCAUCAGUUGUCAAUGCAGAAAAAAUGUUUGUUAUAAAUGGUAGUCUAUCUCAAGAACCAACAACACCAUGUGUCCUUAAUACACCGAAUACUUGUACAAAAAAUUCCACAUUUUUUUAUGAAAUUCCAGCUUCUAUGCAUACAACAACAUUAUCAGGUAAGAUAAAUAAAUACGUUAUUUUUUUUCUUUAUUUUGAUAUAAUUUAUAAAGUUAAAAACAAUAUAG